AUGUUCCACAAACUCAAGCAGAAGGCCAGUCUGGCACGAGUAAACGUCAGCGAGAGCAACAACAACGUGAACGUCACCAACAAGAAGGAAAAGGUCCCAGUGCCUCGUCACAGGUCUCGCCCACGGCCACUUCAGCCCAUCAACGAGACACCUUUUGUCAUACACUCUUUUCAAAAUGUCCCUCUAUCAAAUACUGCACCAGUCCAAACAUCCCAGGUCGAGAAUCUGCAAACUGAGCUCAACCGAAUGGUUCACAUGAAGCAGGAUGCACUCAAUAGACUCAGACGUGCAGACGCACAACGCCUCGAGGCCACAAAUCGAGCAAAUCUACUAUCUCAACAGUUAGAACGUAGUUCUCAGGAACUUGCAAGAUUGCAGGUUGAGCUACGGCGGAAAGAUGAUGAACAUCAGCUGGAGAAGCAGGCCAUUUUACAAGACAGCCUUGCACAGAUCAAUGCAGCACAUGAUACGGCGGUUCAGCAAGUACAGGGAAGCUUGCAAACUCAGAAAGAUGUGGAGCUACGGGCUCAAAAAGAUCGGUAUAAUCAAAAGGUUAUGGAUAUUCAGAGAUGGAGGAACGAGGACGUUGAGGGUUUGAAAAAGAGAAAUCGAGAACAAGAGGAGGAGAUUCAGAUUUUGCGGCAGAAUUUGAGAUCUGAGCUGCAGGCCAAAAGUACUAGUAACGCCGUGCACACCCCGAAUCGUCAACAAGCAACGCCUGUACGAGCAUCUCCUGGAAGUUCUGGGUGGAGGAUUGCUACCAUGGCACAAACCCCAAAAAAUACUGGGCAUUCGGGUGCGAAGGACCAAGAUAAGCUGGAGAGAUUAUCAAGAGAAGUGGACAGCCUGAGACGCAGUAAGGAAGGCCUGGAGUGUAUGGUCGCUGCCUCGAGGGAGCAGAGUGCGGAGCAGCAGCAGGCUCGAGAAGAAUUGCAGACACAAUUGGAAGAGAAGAUUCGAGUGCUAGAAGAGAGAACUCUUACAUUGAAUAGGAUGAGGAACGAGUUGAAUGAGGAGAAAUGGAAAUCUCGUCAGGCUUUGGCGGAUAAUGCUGAGAAGAACAGACAGUUCGAGUUUGUGCAGCAGCAGUGUGCUCGUUUGCAGGAAAGCUUGUUUCAGAAAUGA